AGUUGGAAACUUCAGUCGUUUCCUCAGUUCUGAGGGAAGCCCUCCUGAGCCACAGGCCUCUGAAGAUUCAACCCCGACACCAUGGUUCUCUCCGCCCAGCCAUGAGCCAGUAAGCCCACAGAGGAGAAGUUCAGUUCAGUGUCUUCAUGGUGUCAGCGACGUAUGUAUGCCCCACUCCCAACCCUGGAGGAAGAGGAUGUGAACUGCCUUCACUACAGGGCUGAGAACUGAAAGCAACUGCACAGCUUCCUGUAAGUGUGGGUCACUCGACGGAGCAGUGUGCCUUUCAUCAGAGGAGCAGGGCUGAGGCCGGUGGGCAGCCUGAACGUGGGAUCAUGUCCAUGGUUCCUCCCUCACUGCUCUGUCUUGGGUUGUGUCUAAGCCAGAGCACUUGGGCACAGAAGGGAAAUCUCCCCCCACCUCGUAUCAUAGCUCUGCCUGGAUCCACAGUUCCAGCUAAGAGUCCUGUGGCCAUCCUGUGUAAAGGACCUAAACAAGCUGAGGGGUACAGGAUAUCAAGAGUGGGAAGUCCUGAGCCCAUUGACAAAGAGGAACAGAUCACAUCCAGGAAGACCAACACUUUGAGUUUCACAGAGAUGACAACAGACAAGACAGGGCUGUACCACUGCUCCUAUCAGAGAGGAGGCCUCUGGUCCCAGUUCAGUGACCCCCUGCAGCUGGUGAUGACCGGAGCUUAUGACAAGCCCUCCCUCUCCAGCGUGGCUGGCACAGUGGUGGCUCCAGGGGAGAGUGUGAAGUUGCAGUGUGUCUCCAAAAUCAACCAUGAUGUAUUUAUCCUCACCAAAGAAGAUGGAAAUCACGUCACCCAGAACCAAAGCUCCGCCCACCACGACGGAGGACGCCAGACCAUCUUCCUCUUGAAUCCAGUCUCCUCCACACAGGCGGGGACCUACAGAUGCUACGGUGCCUUCCAUGAGAAUCCCUACGUGUGGUCUCAGCCCAGUGACCCACUGCAGCUUCAGGUCGAAGGAACUACUGACUCUCCCAGAAGCACACAGCCCAGACAUUCAACUGUGUCAGAGGAAAGAAAGCCCUGUCUAACCACAAUGGACACGAGUGGGAGCAAACUCUGGGAGACAGUGAUGGACAGGGAAGCCUGGCGUGCUGCAGCCCAUGGGGUCUCAAAGAGUCAGACACGAUGGAGUGUGAACAACAACAACAACCUCUUCCAUGACCCAACUGCCUUCACUACAGGGCUGAGAACUGAAAGCAACUGCACAGCUUCCUGUAAGUGUGGGUCACUCGAGGAGCAGUGUGCCUUUCAUCAGAGGAGCAGGGCUGAGGCCAGUGGGCAGCCUGAACGCAGGAUCAUGUCCAUGGUUCCUCCCUCACUGCUCUGUCUUGGGUUGUGUCUGAGCAAGAGCACUUGGGCACAGAAGGGAAAUCUCCACCUGCCUAGUAUCACAGCUCUGCCUGGAUCCACAGUUCCAGCUAAGAGUCCUGUGACCAUCCUGUGUAAAGGACCUAAACAAGCUGAGGGGUACAGGAUAUCAAGAGUGGGAAGUCCUGAGCCCAUGGACAAAGAGGAACAGAUCACAUCCAGGAAGACCAACGCUUUGAGUUUCACAGAGGUUACAACAGACAAGACAGGGCUGUACCACUGCUCCUAUCAGAGAGGAGGCCUCUGGUCCCAGUUCAGUGACCCCCUGCAGCUGGUGAUGACCGGAGCUUAUGACAAGCCCUCCCUCUCCAGCGUGGCUGGCACAGUGGUGGCUCCAGGGGAGAGUGUGAAGUUGCAGUGUUUCUCCAAAAUCCAUGAUGUGUUUAUCCUCACCAAAGAAGAUGGAAAUCACGUCACCCAGAACCAAAGCUCCGCCCACCACGACGGAGGACGCCAGACCAUCUUCCUCUUGAAUUCAGUCUCCUCCACACAGGCGGGGACCUACAGAUGCUACGGUGCCUUCCAUGAGAAUCCCUACGUGUGGUCUCAGCCCAGUGACCCACUGCAGCUUCAGGUCGAAGGUGAGGAAGAAGCCCAGUCCACCCACCUGCUCCCCGCCCUGGGGGCUGACUCUGUGCAGUUAAAGCACUGGCUGGGGAAGAGGACCGCAAGAGGGGGAACUACUGACUCUCCCAGCAGCACACAGCCCAGACAUUCAACUGCGCCUACUGCUUGGCAUCCUUCCGUGGAGACUCAAGUCCACCUGAGCCCGGCUGCCCUGCUUCUCCUAGUCAUGGUCGUCCUGUUGGCUAAAGCCUGGUGCAGCCGGAGAGGGUUCCUCAGUGAAGUCAGAUGUGUCAGAAGAAAGAAAGCCCUGUCUAACCGCAAUGGACAUGACUGGGAGCAAGCUCUGCGAGACAAACCGAAAGCAACUGCACAGCUUCCUGUAAGUGUGGGUCACUCGAGGGAGCAGCAGUGUGCCUUUCAUCAGAGGAGCGGGGCUGAGGCCGGUGGGCAGCCUGAAUGCGGGAUCAUGUCCAUGGUUCCUCCCUUGCUGCUCUAUCUUGGGUUGUGUCUAAGCCAGAGCACUUGGGCACAGAAGGGAAAUCUCCCCCCACCUCGUAUCAUAGCUCUGCCUGGAUCCACAGUUCCAGCUAAGUGUCCUGUGACCAUACUGUGUAAAGGACCUAAACAAGCUGAGGGGUACAGGAUAUCAAGAGUGGGAAGUCCUGAGCCCAUGGACAAAGAGGAACAGAUCACGCCCAGGACGACCAACACUUUGAGUUUCACAGAGGUUGCAACAGACAAGACAGGGCUGUACCACUGCUCCUAUCAGAGAGGAGGCCGCUGGUCCCAGUUCAGUGACCCCCUGAAGCUGGUGAUGACCGGAGCUUAUGACAAGCCCUCCCUCUCCAGCGUGGCUGGCACAGUGGUGGCUCCAGGGGAGAAUGUGAAGUUGCAGUGUUUCUCCAAAAUCAACCAUGAUGUAUUUAUCCUCACCAAAGAAGAUGGAGAUCACAUCACCCAGAACCAAAGCUGUAGCCCCCAGGACGGAGGACGCCAGACCAUCUUCCUCUUGAAUCCAGUCUCCUCCACACAGGCAGGAACCUACAGAUGCUACGGUGCCUUCCAUGAGAAUCCCUACGUGUGGUCUCAGCCCAGUGACCCACUGCAGCUUCAGGUCGAAGGAACUACUGACUUUCCCAGCAGCACACAGCCCAGACGUUCAACUGCCCUGUCUGGCAACCUAGCCUCCCAAGACAGACGCCUAGGCAUCUGGAUCGGUGUCCCGGUGGCCGCGGGUCUCCUGCUCCUAGUCUUUCUCAUCCUCUACUGUCUGCGCAAAGCCAAAAACAAUGCUGCGAGGAAAGAGAGACACCCAGAGGCAGCUGACCGGGUGAACAGACAGGCCUCUGAAGCUGCAGACCCGCAGGAGGUCACCUAUUCCCAGGUGACCUGCCAUGUCCCCCACCAGGGGACAGCUGGGACCCCCUCCUGGGUGCCCAGACAGACCCAGAGCAGCGAGUAUGUGACGCUGGCCUUCGGAUAAGCCAGGCACCAGCACUUCAUCUGGGCGGCAGAGCUCACAGCUACCUCUGGUAGCUCCCUCCUCUAGAACUGAGGUUCCAAACCUGACAGUCAGCUUGGUUGAGGGAGCCCACAUUCUUCAGAAGGUCCUACUGCCCCCCCCCACACACACACCCAGAAAUCUAGAGGCCUCAGCAACAUCAGCCAGUCAGUCCCAGAAUCUCUAAUUGCCCAGGAGUUCCUGAGACCCUCUGAAGUCACCAGAAGAGUGACACGGUAAUGUUUUGUAAGUUUUCAUUAUUCAUUAAUUAAAUGUUGUUGUUCAGUCUC